CAACUUAAUAUUAAUCAAAAAUUAGCAGUCGAUAAAUUUGUGCGUGUUAGCUCUUCGGAGACAGUAACCAUGACAGAAAUAACGUCAAUUCAACAUAUUGCCAUAGUUCUCGGCAUCGAUAAAGAGUUAGGAUCGUGUAUAUAUGAAGGGGAAGAUGUGAUUGUUAUUGUUUGGCGUUUAUCAUCUCUACGAACCAAUCUGAUGUCAUACUUACCGAAGUUAUUAACGAGUCGACAGGAUGAAAUGAAUGUGGUGGAAGGUGCAUUAGACGUUCACGUCACGAAGGAUGGACGUAUUUAUAAAAUUAUCAAUAGAAAGAUCACAGCAUCUGAUUUGGAGGGUGCAAAGGUAAUGGCUGAGAUCAAGAAAGAGGCGAACGAGAAAAGAUUGAGAGCUGAAAAACAGAAAUGGGCCAAUCAAUUAGGCAGUUUAACGGAUGAUAGAGCAAACCAUUGA